CAGUUGAUCUAUGUAUUGAAGUGUGUAGAGAGGUAAAGUUAGCAUGAGAAGUUGAUGUUGCAGUUGCAGUAGUAAGCUGUUGAAUCGUUAUUGGAUAAUGUAGUGUUGAUUAUUUUUUAUAAUAAUUUAAUUGUUAUUUAACUUUCUAAUAAUGUGAUUCUAUAUUAGAAUUGAUUAUGAAACGUAGUACUAGUUAAAAUGACAGCUAGUGUAAUUUUAUGAUAAAUAGAUAUCUCUUAAAAUUUGUUUCCGUGCUGUGAGAAAAUGUCAAGAUCUGGGAUGAUUCAUAAGCUUCUGUGAAUGUUAUCAGUGUACAUUUGUAUUUUAAAAAUUUUGGGUUAUUUUGUGUAUCGAAUUUGCUGUGAUAAAUCAAUAUGGCAAGAGAAUAUGAUCAUCUAUUCAAAUUAUUGAUAAUUGGAGACAGUGACGUUGGCAAAAGUUCACUUCUAGUAAGAUUUGCAGACAAUACUUUCUCUGGCAAUUAUAUAACAACCAUAGGAGUGGAUUUUAAAAUCCGCACAGUGGAGGUCGAUGGAGAAAAGGUGAAACUGCAGAUAUGGGAUACGGCAGGCCAGGAGAGAUUUAGAACAAUCACAUCUACGUAUUACAGAGGAACGCAUGGUGUGAUUGUAGUUUACGAUGUAACCAGUGGUGAGUCUUUCGCAAAUGUUAAGAGAUGGCUUCAUGAAAUUGAACAAAACUGUGAGGUUGUGAACAGGAUAUUAGUUGGAAAUAAAAAUGAUGCGCCUGAUAGAAAAGUGGUACUCACCGAAGACGCCCAACGUUUUGCAGACCAAAUGCGAAUUCAACUCUUUGAGACAAGUGCUAAGGAAAAUAUCAAUGUUGAGGAGAUGUUCAUGGCUAUCACACGUCAGGUCUUACACACCAAAAAGGAGCGGAAAGAAAAACAGGCAGGACAAAAUAGCGAUACAGUGAAUCUUCGUAAACCCAAACCAAACAAGAGACAGAAGUGUUGUUAGCACAUUCACACCAACACCAAUGCCCAAUGUACAGCCUAUGUGUAAUUGUAUAGUAUUCAUUUAAUUGUAUUUGCUUUAUUUUAAAAAGUUAUCAAUUCCAUUGUAGAUAGUUUGAUUGGAGAGAGAUUAUAAUGCCAUAAUGUGUAUAGUUAAGUAAAACGUGUUGUAACCGAUGUAUUAUUGUUCUAGAUAUUAUCAUUAUCUAUAUUCACUCUUAUGUAUGCUAUGCGUCUGUCACAGAGAAGUAUGAACAAAAAUAAUUUUCAGCUCAACUCUUAUGGUCUUGCUCAAUGAUCAUUUAUUGUGUGCGUUGCUUGAUUUUGAUUGAAUUUUAAUUUCUAUUAUCUGUCAAUAUUUUGACGUUAAUAAAUUUUGUAAUAGUUUUUCUUUUUAUGUUUUAAUGUUUUUUUUAUCAGUGUAAGUCAGGGUUGUUUAUUACUGCCAGUAAAAUGUUAUAUAGCUUAAAAUUCAGUUGUUUAAGAGCAAAUGUAUAUGUUAAAUGUAUAAGAUAUUAAUUUGAAGAUUCACAACAACUGUUAUAUUGAAUAAGAAUAUUGUAUUCAAAAGUAAGUACAUGUUUUGCCCACUAAGGUCACAUCAUAUUUUUUAAGGUUAAAAAAAAACUGUAUUGCAAAUUUCUAAUUGUAUGUAUAUUUUAAACAUUUUAUUUGCUUUUUUUUAGGAUAAUAUGCAGAUGAUACUGAAGUUUCAGGAAAAUGUUACACUAAGAAUUAAAUGUUAUGAUACAAAAACUAACUUAGUUGUUAAUUAAAAAAAUAAAACAUAUUAUGAAUAUUUCGUAAAUUUGUUACAAAAUAUUUUUGUUUAAAACAACAUUCAAAUUACAUGUUUUGAGCUGUGUAGUAGUAGUUGAACAGUAAUAAUAAUACAAGAAGUUUGGUAAAUCUAAUUGUAAUUAUAGUAAUUGAUGUUAAUUUAUAUGUUUAAUUUUAUAAGGAUGGUAAAUUUAUAUGUUUUUCUAAAGAGUACAAUGCAGGGUUGGUCCAAGGGCCUGAAUCAGCCUCUAAACCUUGAAGUAUCACAAGUCGGAAGUUAACUUCAUAAGACUAAUAACUUUAAAAGUAAAAUUCCUUUUAACUCAAUUUUAAAUAUUAACAAUUACAAAAAUUCAAGUUACCAGUAACAGAUGUAUAUGUGUAAGAAUAUGUGUUAAUGUCCUGGUGUCAAGAUGAAUAUGUAUGUAUUUUAUUUGUUAUAUUUUGUGGAGUAGUUGUCAACAUAUUUUUUUAAAUAAUAAUAGAACUAGUUAAUUAUUUCAACAAACAUAAUUGAUUUAGCAUAGAUAUCACAAUCAUAACAUUUGGCUUAACCUUUAGGAGAUCUGUGUAACAGUUUUGGCCAACUAAAUAACAAAUUUCAUUUCUGGUAUAAAUGUUCAAUAUAGGAACGUAUGUUUAAUGUGUGUCAAGUAACAGGACAAAUAGAGUAAUCGUUCAAAAAUAUUGGUUGGUUGCUUUUUAAGAGUUUUUCAAUAAAAACAUCUUGCUCGCAUUUGCAAUAUAUCUAUUGACCACCAUAGGUUGAUCUAACUGUAUAUGACUAAGGUUGUAUGUCUGGCUUAGUUUUUAUGGAAGUUGUAUACUUCAAGUAUGUUAUUAUAUGAAAUAAACAGUAGUUUAUUUAUAAAUGCUUACUGUUUAUGUAAAGGAGUUAGGAAAUAGCUUAAGCAACGCAAUACGAUCAUAUUUUUGGAAUGAAAGUUUCUGUAAUUUAUCAGAAAAAAGAAAAUGUUUAAGAGUUUUUCUACAUAAGAACAAAAAACAAAUUUAUCAUUUUGUUAUUUAAAUUGACACUUUUUUGAAAUGUAUGCAUGUAUAGUGUUAUUUUAUUUAUAUUUAUUUUGAGUUGGCAGCCUCAUAUAAAAAUUUGUAGGGAUUUGACAGCUUUGUGUAGAGUAGUCUUUUUGGUACUUCAAAUUUAAUUAACGGUAACUAAUGACCAGUUUAAUACUUAUAAACGGAAACACACACACACACACACACACACACACACACACACACUUUGUAACGCAAGCAUAUGCAUUAAGGAAAAUGCUAACGUCUGUUAAAUAGUGAAUUUCAUUUUUAUUAUUUGUAAUUUAUAUACAAAUCAAUCCUUGGUAUUGGCUGAUGUCUGACAAUGUCAGAUACUAACCCUUUAAAACCCAUUUAUUCGGGUAGUGAAUUCCUGCCAGAUCUGAAUUAAAAUACACAAAAAUGAAACAAAUGCUCUGAGAUUACUUACAUUAUAUUUAUUUAAGUUCUGAUUCCAGUUACAACUAAAUAUCUUAUGACAUUUUUGUACACAAUUUAUAAGUAUAGAGCACAAAUUAUCUAUCAAAGUUGUUUUGGUUUGGCUGGCUUUCUUUACCUCGUCAUCUCCCAUUUCACCACAUUUGUGUUCUUUAUUGUCCCCAGUUUAACGUUCACUCUAACUAUUAUCUUAGGCAAUACUUUGAGACUCAAAGAUCUCUUCAUUGCCUAUGUGCUAGGUGCCUGUCUAUUGCUUAAAAGUGCAUUUAAAUAAUUUUGUACAAGCCCAAGAGAGUUGUUUAAGUAGCAACUUAAAAAAAACUAAGCUAAAAAUAACAUAAUAAUUUAUAGAAUAUUUAUUCAUAAUUCUUUAAAAAUUACUAUCAAAAAUAUUAUUUUCAUACAACUGUAUUUAAAGCCUCUGACAAAAUCAUUUAAUAUAAUUUCCGGUUGUAAUUAGUCCCAUUUGACUAAUUCAGUAAAAUUUAAUGCUUGUCUUACAUCAGCUAAGCAGUAGACACUAAAUUAAUCUUUAAUAAUAUAACAAAUUUCCAAAAUAGUUAUAAAUAUUUAUUUGAACUGCAAUUGUAAGCAGUGCAAAGGGAUACACUAGGGUAGUGAUUUUACUUGGCGAAGCUUAAACAGUACAGAUUUCUCCUGCUAUGCAAGUGUCCAGAUAUAGUAGUCUUUUUGUGGAAGCAAUAUUGCUUGUUCCAAAUUUUUUGUCAUUGUGAAUUUACAAGAUUCUUCACCUCUUCCAAAUAGUCAAAACACUGUUUUUUCAUAUCCCUCCUUAUUUAAAGAAAUUAAAAAAUGAUGCAAGAGAGUAAUGUUGUUUAUUUUAACUAAAAAGUAUGUGUAGAGAGAUCAAAUUUAAUAGUGACACUAUUCAUUUUCUGAUUGUCCAAGUAAAUUCCGUUAGUCAAGCUCCAAGAUUUUCAAAUAACUUUAUAAUAUACUUAAUAGCUUGUCGUCAAUCUAAUUUAACAUUUCCAUCAGUAUCGAAAAUUGUCGAAUGAUCACUGCUAUGUUUGACAUUCUUUUAAAUGAAAAAAACGUGGUGUACUAGAUUUUUUUUGGAGCACUAUCCUUUCAGUGGUGGAUCCAGGGGACGGGCCCAUAGGGAUGGCUCCCCUGAGAUUUAUAAAAAGAAUAUUUUUAUGAGAAAAACUUAAUCAUUAUUGUAAUGUAAUCAUACACAAUAAAAUUAACUUUAUGAACAAAAUUUUGUCUAUGAGUAUAUUUUUCUAAACAUUUAAUUUUUUGUUGAAUUGAAAUGGAAAAUUUCCUGUUAAAGUAAUGAUAAUGGUAAACUAAAACACAGGUGGUGCCUCGAAAAAUGAGGACUGAAUCCGCCCUUGUAUUCGUUUAAGCUGUAUCAUUGUCACAAUAUAUUAGGUAAGGUUUUUUCAAAGCUAAAACCCAAAUUCAUGAGGAGAAAUACACUUUUCCCAGGUGAAUUCACUGAUUACAUGGAUGAGUAUACAUGCCGCUCACUAGUAGGAGAAAUUUCCUUAUUUUGGGAAUUUUCGGCAACCCUAUUGUAUGUAAUUUGGAUGUAAAAUGUUUUUACCUUUUUUGUAAAAGUACUGUCUUCACUUUGCAUCAUGCUGAAACGUUUUCCUCUCAAGUAAUACCAUGAAGAAAGUCUCACUCUAAACAUCUAACAAUUUUGGAACUAUUAAGUAAAUAAACAGAUAUUUUUUUCACUAUACUAAAUAUUAAAAGUUUAUACAUUUUGAAUCCAAAGAUUUGAUUGCUAAUAAAAAUAAUCAUGUAUCAUUUAUAUAAUUUUCUUGUUACUUUUACCAAAUGUUCUACAAUGAGUUUUAUUAUUUGCUGCUUGAAGUUUUAUAUACAAUUUGUAAUGUUUAUUUUAUAGUAAAUUAUGAAUAAUUAAACUGACUUUCAUUUUAAAAUUUUCAAUGUUUAAGUUUUAAAGUUCCUCAGUUCCCUUGAUUUAAGUUUAUGAAAAGCAGCUGUGUUAUGUUUGUGUCUAUAUUUGUUUGAGCUAUUACUCUCAAUUAACCCCUUAUAAAACACAUUUCCUUGGUUUCCUAAAGACAUGAUUACCAAUCACUGUGUAGUACAUUGUUUAAGAUGUUUUGUGCAUUAUAAGAUGUUCAAUCCAGCUGUAUAUUUUGUGUUUAAUUUUAUUUAUGUGUUGGACCAAUAUAUGAAAGUGUUAAUUUUUACCUUAAUACAUUUAUGAGAUACAGGAUUAUGCAUGCACUUGUACAUACAUAUUUGUUGUGUUAAUCAAGAAUUAUUAUUGUUUAGUAAAUAUACAUUAAGCAGUUAUACAAUUGUAUGCUUACCUUGGGGAUGUUCCAUAUUUUUAUACUCACUGUCUCACAUUGAAUGAGGAAUUGUUGAUAUUUUGUGACUAGCUGGUUAUGGUUUGAAUUAUAAAUUCUAGAUAUGAUGAAUUCAGAAUUGUAAAGUUUGAAUAAAAUUAACAGUUCAAUAUUAAACCCAAAAAUAAAUAAUACAAUAAUCUAUAUAAAGUAAUAAAUAGAAGAAAGAGUACCAGUUUCAUCCUCACCUUUUAUCAACAGUUUACUCCUUAUUUUUCAAUUUAUGUCAGUGAUUCCUUAUGAUUUUUGUGAUAUAAUUCUUUCUGGUCUGUACCAACCAAUAGAAUACCUUGGUUAUGGUUUGAGCACAAAUACAACAACCAAUUAAAAACAGAAAAGAAAAAAAUUGUAAACAUAACUUUCUUAACAUUAUAAAGAAGCUGUCAUAUCCAGAUCAAAGGGGUACCACAUGUUUGGUGUAACAUAAAUCCCAAUACCACGUCAUACUUUAAAAUGCUCUAAGCUUAUCGAUGUAAUAUGUGUAAUACAAAAUUAUGCUUUAUAUCGCGAUAUAAUUGAACUGUCAACAACAUGACAUUGCUUUAAAUAGAGGUGGGUUGUUCCAACUGGAAUUCCCAUGUUGCCACAACAAUAAAGUAAAAGGUUCCAUUGGAACUUUUGCAACAAAGGCAAUUUAUUACAAUGGUUUUUUGGACUAGUACUGCUACUGGAACGAUUAGAAAACGGUGACUCUUAUAUAUUGCAACGAGUCCAGUGAGGCUAUAUAGUAUUUUCUUGCUCUUUUCUUCUUCCUUCAAUUCUAUCUCUUAACACUAGAGAUUGUAUUUCUAUUUAGAAAUGUAUAGUUAAAUUUCAGCACCUGUAAUAAAGUUUUUAUAAUAUUUCUGUAAUUUUAAUCUCUGGUGUUUAAUAAUUUUCCUGUGUUUGUAAUAAUCAUUAGAAUUUAAACCACUUAUUUUAAUUGGUAAGUCCUUUAACGUAAUAAUGUAUCAAUGAAACAAAUCUGAUAUCGUGAAAGAAACAGGAUUUUUCUGGACAUUUGUCAUUGUUCAGUGAUAAAAAAAAGUAACACAACGUUUUCAGAUUGCAAUCUUAUUUCUUCCUAGGGUAGAUAAGUAACCUAACACAUAACUACAAUCUAGGUUAAAAUAAACAAAUCAUACCAGAGCAUUGUGACACGCACAAGUCAGGAAUCACAACCACCAUAUGUGUCAACACAAAUUACUCUAAAGACAUGCACUUAAUGAAAACUAAACACAAUACUAAUCAUUAAAACUGAACCACAGAUAUGGUUAAAUUGAUAUUUAAUUUUAUAUUUAAUUAAUAUUUAAUUAAAUUGAGACUUGACGUAAUAAAAUGAAUAUGGCAUUCCGUUGCAACAGAACUUUUAGCCAGAACUGCUCCACGGCUGUCGAGAACUUGUUACUAAGGUUCUGCAAUUGGAGUGGCUUGGCACACCUCAAGUCUCUAUAUUACGAAAAUCAGGAUAACCUGUCAUUGAGGUUGGCUGUCCUCUGAAUGAACAGUGUCAAGUCUUUUUGUUGUGCAUGAUAGUUUGGUGUAGUAUCUGGUUGUCUCGUGUUUCAUGAUGAGUUUAGAUCUCACAUUUUGCUGUUAGUGGAAUUACAAUUUAUUUUUCAGUGCAUCUCUGUGAAUGUUGCAAUGUCUGAGCAAGGGCAGGCAUGUUUUACAUCCGUCCUACUUGAGGUAGCUGGUGAAUUAAAAUAGAUCAAUUUCUGAAUGUGGAUUUUGGAUGUCUGGAUAUGAAAGAUUCUUUUAUGAAAAUAAUUACACUCUUCAUACUUCUAAAUUAUAAGUUAUGACACUAAAAUAUUACAAAUAAAUUGUAUUUAUGUGUUUAAACUAUAUUGUUAGUUAUAGAGUAUAAACAAAAAUAACUUUUAUUAUUAAAUGCUGUUAUCAGUGUGAAUCUUUUUCUUAUUUUUGGUUUUUACUGUACACUAUUUCAAAUUUCUAAGAAUAUUGAAUCUAAGGAUUCUAGGCUAGGUUUCUUUGUUUAUAAUAUACAUAAUAUGCACAAUAAUUCAACAAACAUAAAUCUAUAUUACCUUUUAUAAAUUAUACCACCAAAAGUGUUUUUAUUCACACUGUGUUCUAGUAAAAUCGUACUAUUUUACAAUUGAUGUAGUACAAUUUUGCUGGUUUAGUUAGUUGGUUUUUAAGACCUAUUUCAUGAUCGUACUGAAGUUGGCAAGAUUUUAAAUUGUUUAAGUAUUGUAAAUUCUUUAUUGGAACUCAAUUAAACCCUAUGAUUGAAUAAUAGUCUUUUUACCAUAAUCAACCUAUUUAUCAUAUAUGUUUUAAUCUGUUGUACUUUAUUGCUUUUUUUUGUUUAUUUUGGUAUAAUUUGAAUGAUUAAAAAUUUUUAUUAUUAUAAUUAUUGUAAAAUAGAUUAAGAUUUAUAUACUGUAGGUGUAUAACAAUAAUCUGCAAUACAGUCAAGCAUUUAUAUAACCUUUUAAAGUACAAACUACAGAAUAUUCUGAUAAGCAAAUUAAAUUUAAAAGUAAAAUUAUUAUUAAUUUGUUGUUUAAAUCUUUCAGAUAUCAAUCAAUCAUUAUAGCUAUUCUAAGUUAUUUGCAAUUUAGUGAUUUAUAUUAGCAUUAAAAAAUUUCAAUGUAUGAAUGAGUUGCUUAAUCUCCCAAUGUAGAGUUGUUUCUCUUAAGUUAAUCGGACAAACCUACACUGUGGCUACAUUACUAACUUACUAGUGUCCGGCUAGGAGUCAGUUUCUUAAUUUUACCCAGUGCUGUCUUACUAGCCACUUCCUGUUGUAGUGAUGAGCCAUUGAAAUUGAUCUGAUUAAAAUCUGUAUGAGAUUUUAGGAUCUAUACUAUGACACUUUGGACCCAUAAAUAAUAAUUCUAACUGAUGAUAUUUGUAUAAAUUUAUGUAAUGGAUUAUUCAUUUCCAAAAUUUCCCCAAAAUAUGGGAAGGGACCAACCUCUUGCGUCACAUAUUUUAAUUGAUAGUCUUUACACUGUCAUUUGUUUUAUGAGCAUGACUGAAAGGCUUUUAAUAUUGACGUUUUUAAUACUUCCACAGAAUUUUAUUUUAAAAGCGGUUUUGCCAGAUAGGGUUUUGCUGGUGAAAGUGCUUUGGAUGUAAAAUUUUGUGGAAGUAAUAAAAAUGUCUUCAAUACUAAAACCAUACCACUUCCAUCAAGCAUGCAACGUAGAAAAUGAAAGGCUUUUAAUGAAAUAUAUUACAUUCAGGUUUGUAAUUUGCAAUGAAAUAUAUGAUUGUAAUAAAACAUUUUCCAUCCAACAAAGAUGCUUGAUAAUAAUCACUUUAAUCCCAAUAAUAUCUAUUUUUUCUAAAUAUUUUGCAGUGUAAACAGCAUAUACAUAGGCUAUUCAGAAAGUAGAUUACUUAUCGCUCUGUAGCCGCUAGGGGCGGGUCUAUAGUGGCCAUUUUGAUGUCAGGGCGUUCCGCUGUUCAGUGGCUAUCCAGAAGUGUUAGCGAGAAGUUACUGUUUGUCCUUGUUGAUUUACAAUAGCAGUUUAAAAUAUGUGACGCUAUUGAAUAUCCCGCAAGUUGUGAAGUGUGGUUGGUAAUAUGGUUUUUGUUGGCUAAGCACAAUAAACCAAUUGAGAUUUAUCGCCAACCCUGUGAAGUUUAUGAGAACGAUGUGGUUACUGAAGGUGGAGUUUGUCAGUGGUGCAUUAGAUUGUUUAAGUGGCCGAACUAAUGUACAUUAUGACGAACGAAGUGGACGGCCAUGCAUUGUGACCGAAAUUGUUUCUAAUGUCGAUGAGAAGAUUAAAGAAGACCGCCGAUUUACAGUAACAGAACUUUGACUUAGUUUUCCUCAGAUUCAAUUUAAGGAGUUUAUUACACGAAAUUGUUACGCAGAAGUUAGGUUAACAUAACUUUUGUGCACGAUAGAUAGCGAAAAUCUGAACAGAAACACAUAAAAAUCAGGCUGCUUCAUUGACAUUUUUGGACACUUUCGAAAAAGAUGGUGACAUUUUUAGUAUAGUAAAUUCGGCUGCUCGAUCAAAUCAUUACAGAAGACGAGAUGAGUAUAAUACAUGAAUUGCGGAACCAAAUUAUAGCGUAUAGAGUGCGGGUACACACAUACACAACGUGGAACUGCAGGAGGAUUUGACUACCUGGUUGAAGUCUCAGGCAGCAGAAUUUUAUAACGCUGAAAUUCGAAAACUAGUUCGCUAUGAUUAUUAGUGCCUAAAUUUGUAUGGUGACUAUGUUGAAAAAUGGUUUUGGAAUGUCACUUUCAAAUGUAUAUAACACAAUCUUUUUCUUCUACUUUGUUUUUUGUUUAUAUGAAAAUGUAAUCUACUCUCUGGAUAGCCCUUGUAUAAUAUCAGUUUAUGUCAUCUAUUGCAAAAUUUGUCUAGUAUAUUAGGUAUAUUAAAAUAUAAAUUAUUAAAAGUAAUGUUUUCAAACAAUGUUAUCAAAUUAAUAGCAAAUCUUUACAUAGGAUUGUAUAGCAUCUAAACUAAGAUUUUAAAUAAUGCUAUAACUACGCUCAUUUCAAAUUCGAAGUCUCUUGGAAUGAACAUUUUACCGAUGAUCUUGUGAUAUGUUUUAACUUUUCUAUUAACUUUACUAUAUGGGAGCAGAUGUUAUUGUGCAGUUUUAGAGGUCAUUGUAUUCUGCAAAAGUUGAAUACUUUCAAAUGAGAACAUGUUACAUAUUGUAAUAUAGAAUCUCCAGUAAAAGUUCAACCAUGUCUCCUGUACAGAAUGUUGUAUAACCACUCUACAGAAGAGUUGCCUCUGUUGCUCAAUGGAUGUUGUCCCUAACAGGAAUGAAAAAUUGUGUGAUAGGAAAGUUAGGAAUGACUGGAAGAAGUUAAGAACAAAAUGCCUGGUAGCUACAUCACCAGCUAAGGGAAAACCCUUGCAGACAGGACCAAACCCAAAUCAGAGAAUUAUUUCAGAACUUCAACUGCAAGGAUGAUAUAUCUUUUGAGGGACUUAAGGUUUCCAAAAGAGUGUAAUUCUUUGAGAGUUAACACAUCCCCUGCGGAAAAUGAAGCAACACGAGAACCAAAAUGUGAAUAAAUACCAUUUGUCUAAAAACAAUCACGUCUAGAUAUCCAAAAAGUUCAUUGAAAAUAUUCAGGAACCCUUGUUGACUGGAAUUUAUGACAUCAUUUCCGGAGCUCGAAUUCCAGUCCGCUGCUGCUGGUAUCUGUCCUCAUCCAGUCCAUAUUUAAUACUGUACUGGUUUUUUAGCCCCCAUCUCCAGUGACAUUCUCAAAUCAGUUUAUGUUUAUUUUUAAAUAUUUAUUUAUUUAAACAAUUUGUAUUACUGGGCUCACACGGAGGCAAUGAAUCAGAUGGUAGGGGGGCCUGAAUUCCUAGCCAAUGCAGCAAUGUGCUAAAGAAAACUUCGGUUAGAAAUGGAUGUGGUUAAUUCUAGACAACUAGGAGACUUCUCAUUGUUUCAACAUCUUUUGGCUACAGCAGUAUUUUAUCUCUCAGAUAAAUUAAAAGCCAGUGAGGAAUAUCCUUGGCUAAGUGGGACAUCUUGAAAUGAAUACAGAAAUAAAAAUAUAGGUCUUGUGAAAUCGGUAGUCUGUCCUCUUUUACCAAAAAUGUAAUAUAGCAUUUGAAUGAAAACGUGAGAACAUUAACGCCAAAUUUUAGUACAGGUGGUCCUUAGUGUGAAAAUGCAAGAAAUACUGAUCUACAUAUUUAAUUGAAUUAGUAUAGAUUCUAUGUGCUUAUUUCAGAUUUAUUUAAUAAAAAAGACAUUAUAAGCAAAAUUAUUAUUUCAAGUCAAGACUUAAAACGACACUAGUAAGUUGAAUUGACUAUAAUUAACAACUAAGGGUUUAUUAGUUAUAAGCUAUAGAAUCUGGUUUCUUACUAUAAUUUAUAACAUGUUUUUAUUGAGUAUUAUGGAAUUACAGAUUCAAACCAUGAGAACUUAGGGGUAUGACUAUUUUAAUUUAGUUUCUUCAUUUAUUGUCAUACUUUCUAACACGUACGUUAUCUUAAGAAAAUAAUGUGUAGUUUGUUAAGUAGUGAUGUUUGUAUAUUUCGCUGAUGUUAAUUUUACACUCAAUAAUGUACAUAAUCAUAAUUUCAACAAUAUAUUCUCCUAUAGAUACAACCUUCGUUAAAUAGAUAUUUGUUUUGUGUAUUUUAAAUUUAAAUGAUACAAUAAUAUUGCUCAAUGCCACAAAAUUACCUCACUCGGUAAGAAAAGCGAAACGUUAAAUACAGAUAAGCAUUUGAAAAUAUCUUUUAUAUUCAUGUGGAUUUUAUCCAUACAUAUUUAUAUUUAGGUGAAUCAUAAUCUAAAAAUAAGUUUUUAGAAUUAGGUUCAAACUAGGAAACUUAUUCCUUCUUAUAUAAAAUUUAUUUUUUUAAUUGACAUUUAAAUUAAAUGCAUUAAAUGAAUGUGUAAUUAGAGAUAGCAAAAAGUAUACAAUAAUGUAUUAACUAAUACCAUUAAUUACACUUCUAAUUAAUUUCAAAGCCAAAUUUAAAAAAAAUGAAAUAAAUAGCUUAUUAUAGACUUUACAGUGGUAAUGUUUUAAAUUACGAUUUCUAAUGAUUUCUAUUUAUGAGGUGAUAUAAUGGUUUUUUAGAAGGUAAUUUUUGAUGAUUGCCUUAGCACUUUUUAUAAAUAUAAAUAUAAACACUUUUUGUAACAGUAAAAUACAAUUUAGGUGUGCAACAACACUAUCCUUUUAGUCAGAAAUGUUAUUUUCGAAAGAGUACAGUAGACCGUUUUGGGAAUAUAGUUGAAAAUUGAAUUUUGAACUGGCUGAACAUGUUUUUGUUAGCUUAAGAAAUUGUGUUCCAUUUAGUGUUAUGAUUUUUUAAUAUUCCAGUCUUUAAAAAAGGGCAUUCAUUAUAAGUGUACUAUUUCCAAUUUGUGUUUUAUCUUAGGUAUAUUGUCUUUAUUCCUUUGAACCAUUUUAUGUUGUAUUGUAACUAUAUAAGAAAUAGUUAUAAACAUUAGCAAUACUGUAGAGUGAAAUAAACUACUGAAAUACCUUAUGUUUUCAAAGCAAAGCCGUGUGUUAAGAAUGAUUCAAAAGACCUAUAAAUAACUAAGAUUAUGAUCUAGAAUAAUGUUUAUCUUAAUAAAUUUACUGUCCAUUAAAAAAAAUAUGAAUUGUGUAAUUUAACAGAUACAAAAUUAUAUACAGUGUGGUGCAAAAGUAACUUUACAAAGCAACAUUGAUAAAGCAAUAGGUUAUUAAUCAUACAAGGACACUAUGUGCAUGCUUUUAUCUUCCUGGUUUUUAAAGAAUUUUCUUUCAAUAAUUUAAUUCAUGAAAAACAAUCAUUAUAAAACACAUGGUGAUUAAUAGGAUUUUGGGUAUUUGCCCUCAUUAAAUGUUACAGAAAUAGAAUGCUACGUUUUGUUUAUAUGGUUAAUAAUGAACAAAACAUGUCGACACCUCAAUGAUAGAUUCCAGUCCUUGAAAAGCAGUAUUCCUUUUUAACUUAAAACAAACAGUAUAAACUUAAAGCAAAGAGAUUUAUAAAAUGUUCACAAUGCAGAAAUUUAUCUUUUUCGUUAUGGUUAUUAAUCACAAAAUGUAGGUAACAUUUUUAAUAAAAAAUCUUAAAGUUUUGAGAUAGUAUUCACUUUUUUUAUUUAAUUACUGCCAGCCUUACAGAAUUUAGCAUUGUUAUCAAAUUUAAUCAAUGAUUUAUUCCACCAAAAUUUUCAAAAUUUUUGUGGAAGUAAUUAGCACCUUAUGUAUGGCUCAUUUACUUUAUAAAGCUGUUGAUGGGUUGCAUUUUUAGCUAAUAUCUAUGAAUUUGUUAAAAACUAUUAGUAUCCUCCAGUGUUAUUUUAAAAGAAACAUUUUUGAUUGUUAAUUACAAUCAUUAAUCUGAUGAAGUUAAGAUUGCAUAGUUACUUAGUUAAUUAAAAAAGAUCCUCCUCUUUGUAUACUUCUAGUUCUUAAAUCACUACUCACUCUGUGGAAUAUUAAUGAGACCGUAUGUUCAUAUAAUGUUCACUUAGGACAAUAUGAGGAAACCCCUAAUUGCACUUAGUAAUAAAAAGAUCUUUGUGCUCCUUCCAGAGUGAUAGGAUAUUCAGGGUGGGUAAGGUUGGGGUUAGGGGCUGCCUCCUGUCAUGAUACUGUGAGGAGGAAUAACGGGCUUUCUCUCAGUCAUGUCACCUUGGAAGAAAGUGAGGUUAACUUUUUCCAGCAUCUUCUAGUCUAAGCAAGCUGGGAAAAUGUAUACUCCCUCAUAUAUAGGCUUUAAAAAGCCUUUAACUUUAAGGAAGCCCCAUUCAUUCCAAAAGUCAUCCUCCACCGUAAACUAGACCUAUAAACCAGCCCUGUAUUUACGCAUAUGGGUCAACAUUUGUGGUUGUGAUGUGGCACUCCUGGUCAUUCAUUUGGUUACUUAGAUUUAUGUGACACAUUGAUUUUUGCCCUACCCAGAAUAGGCUUUACUGGCAUGUAUAAACAAGCCAGACGUGAAUCUCCUGGGGGAAUGAAACCGUAUAGUGUACCCAUAUGAUUUGUAUAUAAUACAGGUAGUUUAAAAACAAUUUGUUCGAUUAAAACAUAAAAAUACUUUAUUGACUACAAAAAAGUUUCUAUUGAUAAUUUAACUUUAGUAAAUUUGCUUAGUAAAUUCCCACAUGCUUCUGAGUUGAUACCUAUACAGUGGUUUAAUCCCUUCAGACUCAGUACUUCAUGCCUUAAUUGAAGCAAGGCUGUAACUAUUUGUUUAGUGAGAUAAUUAAAAAAUGUUGGUGUUGUACACUCGAUUUAGUAUAAAAAAUAUUAUGCAGGGUUAUUUCAAGAGAUAAAAUGGUCUUGGGAUCGAUCCAUUCCAUAUCAUCUGAUCCAGCGUUCUUGAAAUUGUAGGUAUAAAAGUGGAAGCCGUCUAAAGAUCAAUGAGAACACUAGUUUUUACAUUCUCUACCUGUGGAAUAGCAUGUUUUUUCAACAAUUCUUUUUUUAUACUGCUUCUGGGGUAAUAUUCUUAUAAAUAAAACUGACACAAUACUUUGUCCAACCAUAAUCAAUAACAUAAGUAAAUCUUCAGUGUAUCUUUCAUUCUCAAUAACAGUAUUUUGGUCCUAUACUCUGUUAUGUCUAUUCAAUUUUUACUUGGAUGAAGAUAAGUUAAGUAAAAAUUUAUUUAGAUCCAUCAAUAAAUCAUACGUAAACCAGAAAUGGGGAGUUUUCAUCAAUACGACCCUGCAUAACUAUUGCAAAUGAUUUAUGGUGUAGUUUGUUGUCUGUAGAGUCUUUUAAAGUUUUUUAACAAUCGCAAUGUAUACAUGUGGGGCGGAGCCUUUUCUGUACAUAUUUAUAGAGUGUUCAUUUAGGAUCGUUUAGAUUAUGGUCAAAGUAAACACAGUUCUUCAAACAUUUUCUGGGAAGUGGUAUGGAGGAUGUUGCACGGGAUAGAGGUUCUGUGUUUUCACUCUACAAACAUUCCUUCUGACCUUUGUCUAAGAUUCAGUUUCUAAAAAUAUAUACAUUGAGUUUUUUUCAAUUGUUGAUUUUGUUAGGUUAUAACUAAAGAUUAAAGCUGAUUGAAACUAUAGCUUAUUAUCUUGGAUGAUGUGAGACUGUAGCCUCGGUUGUAGUAAUAAUUUGUAGAAAGUUCCUAUAAUCUCCAACACUAUAACAUUGGUUUAACUCGCAGCUUCAUAUUACUUGCAAGUACAUUUUCACCAGUACAGUUCCCAUGAUUAAUUCAUUCUGUUACAGAAAUGUGAGUUUACUUUUGUACCAUUCACAUAUCCAAUUUGCAAAGCAAACAUUUUGGUAUGGUUUUACUAAAAGCUAUUCAUCAAAUUACAAUUUACUUCAUGUUAACUUUUUAUGUAAUAUGUGCUACUUCAUCAGAGGAAAAAAUUUGACUAACUCCAAAAUGAAUUUGGAAACACAUUUAUGUUGCAUUCUUACACACUAUCACGGACAGACUGAGUAUGUUUUGGUAGAUGUAAUUGGCUCUGUUGUAAACAAUGAACGAGUAAUAAUUAAUGUAAUUGGCUGCAAUUUUUCCAUCCUUUUUAUGGAUAUGAAAAUCACAAUAGGACUGAGAAUGGAAAUCUCACUUGUUUAUCAGAUCUUAUUAAAAAAAAAAAAAAAAAAAAAAAAACAUUCACUACCAUCAAUGUUAUGCAGUCAUUGAUAACAUGUAUGAGGCCUGUUCAAAAAGUAUCGGACCUUCUGUCCUCCCACUUAAACGAAUAAAGUGCUGGCGGCCAAGCUUAGUGGGCAUGUGGAGGGGACUGUCAUGUGUAUGCAUGCACUCUUUCCUAUCAUGGCAAAGCUUCAGUCGCCGGCAGUCAGCCUUUAGUAGUGUAGACCUCUCUAAUGUGCUCGGUGGUUUUUAUCAAGUUAUAAAAUGGCAGAAAAACUUGAGCAGCAUUUCUGCAUAAAAUUUUGCCAAAAGUUUGGCCAUUCACAAAUGGAAACAAUUCGCAAGAUUCAACAGGCUUUUGAGGAGUCUGCCAUGAGCAGUACUCAAAUAAAAAAGUGGUAAAAUCAAUUCAAAAAUGUUCAAACAAAAAUGUAAUGUGAAUCGUGUCCAGGCCGUAGAUAAGCCGGAGUGAGUGUUAGUAAAAUAAAUUAUGACCACACUUGUAUUGUUUCCAAAAAUGUCAAGCAGCCACCACUGAUCAAUCGUAAGGUCUGAGCUUUUCUCAACUUAUUGUUGUGUUAGAGUAACAAGUAACAAUCAUCACUCCUACAUCAAUAUUUUAGAUUUUAUUUGAGAUUUUAAAAAUAUGUGAAAUGUACAAUUUUAUUUGAUAAUAAUAUCACGUGAAAGUUAUGUAAAAAUAUACACUUGUGAGAAGAUUUUUAUUUUUCUCAAGACAGUUUGAGGGGGAACCUGGCCACCCUGAAUACACCAUUUAUCUGCAAUCUAAACCACCACAGGAAGACCUUCUUUAUACACUAAUAUAACCUGUGCUUGUAUGAAUUCUCAGGUUUGCCUUAGAUUUAAUAGACAGGUUCUCAUAAAAAUAUUUGAAAUAUUUUCAUUAGUGGCAAGUUCCAUGCAAAUAUAACUUUUCAGCAUUCCUAAAUUCAAUAUUUUCCCGUUAUAAGUUCAUCGUGCUGAAUGAACAUAUUGUAAAGAUGAAAUCUAUUUUGUCUCUUAACUAAAACACAAAAUUGAAAGUGUUAUUUCAAAAUUUGUAAACAUAUUCAUAUUUAUUAGUCAAUUAAUCAAUAGAAAUAUAUGUAUAGUUUUACUUAUUUAUUAGUUAUAACCACUACCAAUAAAUAUAUUUUCAACAAAUAUUUUGAAAUUUUUGUGAUUUAUUUCACAUUAUUUUGACGUCUCAUACAUUUUUCACAUGCUAAUGCACAAAUUGGUUUUGCUUCAUUAGUUAAACCAUGAGAAAGGUACUAAUCAAGACAGUUUUCAUGUUUUUAAACAUUAAUUUUGUAAUCAAUGGCAUUACAUUAUUUAAAAGGCACCUAACUUAAUUUUUAAACCACAUGAACUUAUUUAUAUAUUUUAAAAUUUAUUUCACUAUGUAUCAUCUUUAAAGAUUAUACUGUUUAUGUUUGUUAUAUAAUAUUUCAAGCUCUUCCUCUGGCAUUCCUGUUUAUUUUCUUGUUGCAAUAAAAUAUUGAAUGGA